AUGGAUUCUCUCUUCCUUGACCAAAAUAUUGAUUUCUUGCCUGAAUCAGAUGGUCUAUCACCGAAUAAUAUCGGUUCAUCAUCAUCAUCAUUUUUCUCUUGGCCGUACGAUGAAUUGUGCUUUCCCAGCUAUUAUGACCAGUUAGAAUAUUCACCUAAUUCGUCUGACCUCAUCGUUGAUGAUCAGUGCUUUCGACAAAAGGAAUCUCCUCCUGAUUAUCACAAUCCAAAACCCCAUCAUGAAGAAGAGAAAUCUCGCCCGCAACUCGUGAAUAAAGUACAUGAUCAGGAGAUCAUUAUGAGUAGUACUACUAAAUCAAAUUACGAAGGAAAAACAUCAAAGCAGCUAUACGACAAGGGAAGAUCUUACAUAGGAGUCCGCAGGCGGCCUUGGGGAAAAUACGCGGCGGAGAUUAGGGAUUCGACGAAGAACAGCCACCGUGUUUGGCUCGGGACGUUCGAGAGCGACGAGGCGGCGGCGCUGGCCUACGACCAAGCGGCAUUCUCGAUGCGGGGUCCGGCGGCCGUCCUCAACUUCCCCAUUGAAAGGGUGAGGCAGUCACUCCAAGAGAUGCAGUUUUAUGACUGCAACUUUGGGCGGUCUCCGGCGGAGGCCUUGAAGGAGAGGCAUUACUUGAGAAGAAAGAGAGAAAAGAGUGCUCGGAAGAUAUUGGUAAAUAAUGGUAAUAAAAAUUAUCAGUUGGAGAGGAAAGCGAAUAUGAAGAAGCUUGUAUUGGAAGACCUUGGAGCUGAAUAUCUGGAGGAACUUUUAGGGUCUUGCUAA